GCAACGGAGAUGUUGUUAUUACGUUCUCGGCGCGAGACAAUAGACGCGCACCGCGUCCGACCGGGUGCCGUCAGUCAACGUUGGCGUCGGUUCGCAGCAGCUACCCGUUAGCAGCCCUCGUCGCAGCCGAGUGUUUCGCGCCCUACACCGUUCCGUCGAGAGUUUACCCGCCAAUUCAUCCGCCAGUCCGUUAUCCGAUGUGAUCGUGUUGUCGUCGUUCGCCACACUUGCGCGCACCUACCCCAUCCGCGACAUGGGCACUCUGGACAAACGCGCCAAGAUCGACGACGUGUUCAAGUCAAACGCUCUGGUCGACAUCAGAGCCUGCAACAAGCCCGUGAUCAAGUCGUUGUUCCGUGGAGUACGUAGUUCUAAGUUUCGCCAUGUUUAUGGUUCUCCAUCAAGACGAGAAGAACUAUAUGACAAUAUACCAAUUACACGCAAUGCUCAUGAUUCUAAUUUUUGUGCUGCCAAUCCAAAAUUUGUUGCCAUUGUCACAGAAGUUGCUGGUGGAGGAGCAUUUGUAGUAUUGCCUAUCAACAAGACUGGCCGUUUAGAUUUAAAUACUAGCAAAGUUACUGGCCAUAGAGGUCCAGUUUUGGAUGUAAAGUGGAAUCCAUUCAAUGAUAACAUAAUUGCUUCAUGUUCUGAUGACUGUACUAUUAAACUAUGGUAUAUUCCUGACAGUGGUUUAAGUUGCAACUUGAAUGAAUGGUUGAUUGAGUUACGAGGUCAUCGCCGCAGGGUUGGUUAUAUUGAGUGGCAUCCUACUGCAGAAAAUGUUCUAGCUAGCUCUGGAUUUGAUUACAUGGUAAUGUUAUGGGAUGCGGGAUCUGGUCAAAUUUUAAAUACAAUUGACUGUCAUCCAGAUAUAGUGCAUUCAAUAACAUUCAAUAGAGAUGGUAGUAGAAUAGCAACCACUUGCAAAGACAAAAAAGUCAGGUCAAUUGAUCCUAGAUCUGGAUUAGUAGUUGCAGAAGGAAUUUGUCAUGAAGGAUCACGUUCAUCCAAGGUGAUUUAUUUAGAUAAUGAACGCUUAUUGACCACAGGAUUUUCAACUUAUUCAGAUAGACAAAUAGCCAUUUGGAAUCAUACUAACUUAUCAGAGCCACUACAGCGUGUUAAUGUUGAUUCAUCAUCAGGAAUUUUAUUUCCAUACUAUGAUUAUGACACAAAAAUGGUUUACCUGGCUGGAAAAGGUGAUGGAAACAUAAGGUAUUAUGAAAUUGUUAAUGAACCACCAUACAUUCACUUCUUAAAUCAAUUUAUAUCCGGUUGCCCACAGAAAGGAUUUGGAAUGAUGGUUAAACGUGGCUGUAGUGUAAGUCGAUGUGAAAUUAUGCGAUUUUAUAAAUUGCAUACUACUCGUAAUGUAUGUGAACCAAUUUCAAUGAUUGUUCCAAGAAAGAGUGAUCAAUAUCAGCAUGACUUGUAUCCCGAUACUGCUGCCCCUGUACCAGCAUUGAAUGCUCAAGAAUGGUUUAAUGGUAUUACCAAACCGCCAGUUUUAAUGUCAAUGAGAACAGGUGUUUCAGUAAAAACUCAUAAGCCCCAAGCAUUUGUUUCCAAUGAAGCCACUCGCAAUGAUACCAAUUAUCGUAUGAAAUAUGCAUUCCUUUCUAAAGAAACUGUGCCUGAUUAUCGACCUCUUGAUAUGUUGGCAGAUAAUGAUAAGACCCAAAAGACUCAAGUAAAUCAAAAUACAAGGUUUCAACAAAUACAACAGAAAUUAAGUCAUUCAUUAGUAAACAAAUUUACGAACAUGAAUGAUGGAGAAGAUGAAUACAAUGAUAUGAAAGAAAAUACUAAUUAUGACAGUCCAAAAAAUGAAUAUCAGAUGAAAAAAGCAUUCACCCGUCAAUGUGAAGAACUAAACAUGCUCAGAAAGCAAUUAGCUCAUCGAGAUCGGCGGAUUCAAGACCUCGAAGAACUUGUAUCAACACUUCAAUCGCAAUUGAAAGUUCAGAGACUACAAUGAU